GACUCUCUUUUUUUCAUUAUUAUUUCUCUCUUCUUUAUGGAAAAGGCACACUCAAAGAACAAGACAGUCGAUAGAAUAUCACGCUUAUUUCAAAAAAAACCCACCAAGAAGAAAUCGGUUGUUUCUUCGAGUUCAUCUGUUUCUCUAUCUGAUUCUGCUUCUAAACAGAUCAGUGAGAUGAGUACCCCUAGAGUCAGUUCAUCUAUCGAAUCACAUGUGCCUAUACAAUCAGACACAGCUUCUAUGCAUUCCAAGUUGACAAGAACAUUGUCUUUCAAAAGUGAUGUGUCUAUACAACAACUGGUUCAACAACAAAGACACGUAUUGCAAGAAUUAGAGGCACAAAAAGCACAUUUUCAAUCUCAAAUCCAUCAAUUGACUGAACAACACAACAAGACACAAGACAAGAUUCAUCAGCGUCAAAAUGACAUGACUUUAUUAGAGGCCAAUUAUCAAACCCAUUUACGCUCCGUUCGAUCUUCAGAUGAUGAUCCAGCCAGUAUAGCCACUAAAAUAGGCCAGUUAAGACAGCACAUUCAUACACUGGCAAGUCAGUUAGUGCCCUUUGCAGAACCCACCAUCACAGCUGAAAAAUUAAGUACAUUAUGGCUUAAUCUUGGCCGUUCAAUUCAACAGUUAGGAAACCCAUUACCUGAACACCGAUUAUUGAUGCUGGUAGAGAAGUUUAUGAUGGAUGUGCUUGUUCAAAACUUGAACAUUCAUCUGUUUCCUGGAUUGACAUGCAAUCAAGCCUUUGUUGAAUUACAACAAUGGUUUGAUGAACACGACAGCGUUUAUUUCUCAACACGAUUAAGGCAAGAAUUAAGCAUGUUAGUGGUACAGCAUAAAGACAAAGAUGGAGGAGAUAUUCAAGAAGCAUGGCAAAAAUCGAUUGAUCGUAACUGGAGUCAUCUUUACCGUGGACUACAAAAAGCAUUUCCUACUUAUCUUUGCAAGACAUCUCAAGAGGAUGAAAAGGCAAGAAAAGCAGCUCAACACUAUAGCCAACAAUUACGUGAAUUAGUAGAAGAAGCGAUUGAGUUAGGAUCAGUCAUUAAAGGACAAGAAGUGGCCAUCACUGCUGUGGAUGUGAGGGAAGGCAACCAAUUGUUUGAUAGUCAACUGAUGGAAGAUGAAGAUGGUCAGACAUCAGGCACGAUUGCAUUCUGUAUUUCACCUCCUUUUGUUGUUAAAAUCAUGGAUACCUAUAAACCCUUAGUCAAAGGCAGAGUGCUUUGCUUUCAAUAAAAAAAACUAUUUAUUCAUCAUGUAAUCACCGCAGUUUACUUCAUGUGUGCUGGAGUGAUGAUGGCUCUUUUUAUAGAUCAAGUCAGUUGAUUCACACUGUGUGUUCC